CUAAAUUCGACGGAGAGAAUCGUCCAGAGGUGGCGAAAGGAGUGGUUGGUAUGGUUGGUAGCAGAAGAUACAUGGGGAGAAGUAUACGAGGAAGCACUCGCACACGCUCGGGCGGAGGGGGAAAGUGAGACUGACAUUUUCUUGGACCAAUGUGCGCUGCAUGUUUUGGAGGGGAGGAAGAUCCUGGAAGCCAUAAGGGAGAUUGUACACACCAGUUGCCCUUAUUGCAGGGAGCGUCUUAAGUAUGACAGCAUUCUACUAUACGACUUACUGGUUUCCGUGAUUUCAGAGGUAAAGUUCAUGGAGGUGAAACUA